UUUUGACCAAACAACAACCCAAAUGAAUAAUCAAUCAAAAGCUUCCUCAUCAUCAACACCUCCAAUUUUACCUCAAAAUUAUGAUUUAAAUUUACCACAACAACAAAUUUCUCCUCUAAAUUUUUGUCAAAACAAUUUUUCAAUGGUUGCGGAAUUGGCUAGAUCUUCUGCAUUUUUAAUCAGAGAAAAUUUGGAGAAUCCUGAAACUAAGGAUUUUUGGGUUAAAAAAUGUUUGGAAUUGUUGACAGCGAAAAAUGAGGCUGAUGUAAGAAAUGAAUACUUGAAGCAAAGAAAUAUUCAAUUGGAAAAAGAAAUUAAACAAAUUAAAGAAUCUAAUAACCAAAUUCAACAAGAAGAACAAUUUUCGAAUAUAAAUCAGUAUAUUCAAAAACAACAACCACCAAUACAACAAGAAACACCUCUAAAUCUUAGCCGGUUAUGCAAUGGCACUACAAUUCCAAAUUCAAUGCUUCCCAAUGUUUUUGACAAUUUUGGUUUUGGGGGGAAUGGAAAUGAAGUUAACUCUCCACCAACUUCUACAGCUUUUGACACACCAGCAACAACAACAACAAUUAAUAACAACAACAAUGCAACAAAUGUUUUUGCUGCUUCUAAUUUAUUUUUGCCUGCGGCGAUCAAGGCCUUUUUGUUAUCAUAUCCACAGACUCCUCUUCCAUUUUUUACAAAUAAAUUUGUUGAUCAACAACAACAACAAAUUAAUAAUAAUUUUCCUUCUCCGACAUCUUUAAAUGCUACUGCUACAACUUUGACAACAACAAAUUCUUCUCCUUCUUCUCCUUCUUCUAAGACCAACAACAAUUCAUUUCUUCCUCAACAAAUUCCAAAUAAUACAAAAAUGGCUGAAGAUUUAAAUGAAAAUAUAAUAAAAUCGCCUAGUUUAAAUAUUGAAAUGACUGAAUUAAAAGAAGAAAAUAAUUUACAACAAAAUAACGGACAUUUAUCUUCACCAAAAAUGGAGGAAGACGAAAAAGAAGAAAAUUUGACAAAUAAUUUUAAAAUUACAAAAACUUAUAAUAAAACAAAACGUUCUUCAAAACAUUAUUUAAAUGAGGGGGCAACAUCCCCAAAUAAUAAUCAUAAUGGCGUGGGGAAAUUUGGAAUGGAUGGAGGGCCUAAAUCUUCAAAUCAUAUUAAGAGGCCAAUGAAUGCUUUUAUGGUUUGGGCUAGAGACGAACGCCGAAAAAUUUUAAAGAAAAAUCCAGACAUGCACAACAGCAACAUUUCAAAAAUUUUGGGUUCUCGUUGGAAGGCUAUGUCUAAUGGAGAAAAACAGCCUUAUUAUGAUGAACAAUCUCGUCUUUCUAAACAACAUAUGGAACAACAUCCAGAUUACCGUUAUAGACCGAGGCCUAAAAGAACUUGUAUUGUUGAUGGGAAAAAGGUUCGAAUUACUGAAUACAAAAGUCUCAUGAAAGGAAAAGGUUGUUCCUCUACCUCAAGUACAACAACCCAACAUGAAGUUGAAAAUGAAUCUGUUGCCAAUACAAGUUCAAGUAAUGUAUUAAAAAAAGAAGGGAAUUUAAAUAAAUGUUACGAAAGCGAAUCUUCCUCAUCAAAUGCCUCAACGCCUCCAUUAGCAGCACAGCUGCAACAAGCAAUUAAUUUGCGGUUUUUGUUGAAUCAUCAACAAACAUUCCAGCAUUUGACACAACAACCAUUUUAA